AGAGUACAUGCCUUGGAGUGUGCAUUCUGGCACUCGGCUCAAUUAUCGGUAUGCAGUGGUUUUACUUAUGAAAAACGUUUUAAUUUAGAGGGAGCCGAUGGCUUUCAAUGCUAUUUUCAUGAUUUACGCAAAGAAGAAGUGCGUUUAAGCCGCCAUCAUUCGUGGAUAAUGGUACGGGAUGCCAUCACGUUUUAUAGAACAAUUGAUUUUAUUUUCAUUGAUCAAAAAACGAACGGUGAGCGCUUCAAAACAACAUUAGAGUCAGAUUUUCUAUUAUUAAAAGAAAUCUGCAGAUCUAUACCAUGGAUUUUUCUACAAGAUGACGCUCCGAUUCAUAACGCUCGAUUAGUUAACUCAUUUAUUUCGAGUCAAAACUUUAAUAUCAUGACUUGGCCACCAUUUUCUCCGGAUCUUAACAUAUUUGAAAACCUUUGGAGUUGGCCUUCAUGCAAAGUUUUUGAAGGAGGAAAGCAAUACGAAGUUAAAGAAGUGAAAAUUCACUAAAUUGCAUAGACUCUCUCUAUCAUUCAAGGACGAAAAGGAUAUAUAAAGUUAUUGCAAACAAGCAGGAAGCUGUACACUUUAUUGAAAAAUUGUUCAUUUUAUCCUAAUGAGACUAAUACUGACACUAAAAAUAAAGAUUUAAAAUAAGCUCUUUUUCUACCAAAAAUGAAUUACUAGAAUAGACGCAGUUAAUCUAGUAAGAAAAUUUUUGAAAAACACAAUUUCGUGUUAUUAAUUAUACUCUCGCAACAAAAGUUGCUAAAGAGAGUAUUAUAGUUUUGUUCACAUAACGGUUGUUUGUGUCACCAAGAAAUAAAAGAGUUAGAUAUGGGGUUAUAUGUAUAUAAAUGGUCAGGAUGACGAGUAGAGUUGAAAUCUGGAUGUCUGUCCGUCCGUCCGUCUGUCCGUCCGUGCAAGCUCUCGGAACCCAUCUUCCUUGGCACCCUGAGGAGGUUGCUUUCGAAAAAAUCGGUCCACUGCUACGCCCACAAAAUGGCGGAAACCGAAAACCUAUACAGUGUCAUAACUUAGCCAUAAAUAAAGUUAUGAAAAUGAAAUUUGGAACAUAGGAUCCCAUUUGGAUGUAAUUGCUUUUGAAAAAUGGGCGUGACCCCGCCCCCAAAUAGGUUUUUUGUAUAUAACUCGCAAACCAAUAAAGCUAUAUAAACCAAACUUUCUGCAGUCGUUUAUUUAAGCCAUUUCCUUAUACAGUCCAAAAAUAAAAGAAAUCGGAAAAUAACCACGCCCACCUCUCAUACAAAGGUUAGGUUGAAAAUUACUAAAAGUGAGUUAACUCACUAACGAAAAACGUCAGAAACACUAAAUUUCACAUAAGAAAUGGCAGAAGGAAGCUGCACUGAGAUUUUUUUACUAAAUGGAAAACGGGCGUGGCGUCGCCCACUUAUGGGUCAAAAACCAUAUCUCAAGGACUAUUCGACCGAUUUCAAUGAAAUACGGUAUAUAACACUUUCUUGACACCCUGAUGACACGGAUGGAAUAUGGCGAAAUCGGUUCACAACUACGUCUACUUCCCAUAUAACUCAAUUUUGAAUUCUUUUGAUUCGUUCACUUUAUAAUACAUAUAUACAUUAGGAACAAAUGAAGAUAGCGGAAUAAAACUUUACACAAAUACUGUAUUUGAACUGUGACAUCAAUUGUCGGACCAUGACUUUUCAAGGCCCCUGAUAUCGAACAUGAAGAACUCAGGGUAAUUUUUCACCGAAAAUAUACUCAGGUAAAUCCCUCAGAUAUUUUAAUAUAAUUAAUUCCCUCUGAAUUUUUUUCUUAUAACAGUUUCUCUCUGUACCCGAAAUGGUAAAAAUCGGGUCAUAACUUCCCCCAGAUCCCAUAUACCUAAUUAUAAGUAAUAUUAAAUUAAGUGAGCGUAUAGUCUUCGAUACAUUGUAUCUUGGUGGUGAAAACGAGUGAAAUCGGUUUAGGAAUUACCUCAGUCCCCAUAUACUAUUUAUGAUGAUUUUCGUUAUUCUAUUGAACUUUAUACCGAAUAUAUGGGUCGAAUUGUGUUAUAUUUAUAAAAUUAGAUCAAUAAAUUGCGAGAGUAUAAAAUGUUCGGUUACAUCCGAACUUAGCCCUUCCUUACUUGUUUUUACAUCUUUUCAAUAUUAUCCUUGAAAAACCAUACAUUUUGCAUAUCAACUCUUAUUUAAUUUUAUUUAUUUUAUACUCUUAUUUAUAAUUAACUCUUUUUAAUUUAAUUGAAUUCGAAAUAAAAGUUCUAAGCUGAAUUCUAUUGUAAGCACGGAUGUGUCUAACCUAUUGACGAGGCGUGUAUGUGUGACUACAUAGUUACAAAAAUUAUGUUUGAUUGUCAUUGAUGUAUAUUGCAUUGUACAUUGACCAUUUUGUAUUUACCUUUAAAUCGUUUUCGCUUUUCACCGCUUACCGAAUUGUUGACAUGUUGACACGUUGACCGGUGUUGUUAUCAGUCUGCAUUGUUGGUGCUGAAAAUGGAAACUAAGCCAGUGACUAAUUGUUGAUGUCCAUACAUGCUGUUUUAUGUUUAUAGAGUACCUUGCUGCGCUCUUUUCAUAUACCAAAAAGAAACAAACAUAUAUACAUAAAUACAAUAGUAAUAAUAUUUGGGUUUAUAGCGUUCGUUUCAGUUUUCAUGGCAGCAGCGUACCUUUAACUCUGAUAUGAAACAAUAAUAAACUCGAUAUGAUUGUAAACAAAUAAUUGUUGUUGUAUCUAUUGUUGUAGGUAUGUAUGGUUAAGUAUCUGGCAUUAUAUGUACAUAUUUACCUUUUGUUGCUCGUGGUAACGACAUUCUUGGGCGAAUAUUCUGUUUCUGAAUAUUUGCUCUAUACAAGUAAAUAUACAUAUUUAUAUAUUAUAAAAGAAUAUCAAAACAUAAACAAUCUUCUAUACGUGUUUGUAUGUCUAUGCCGGUUUUUUAUUCCAUAUUAAUUUUCAUAGACAAACCCAUUUAUGUAUAAUACAUACCUGCAGUAAAGUGCCGAAAAAUACAAAAUAAUUAUUAAGAAAUUCAAAAUAUAUUAAAAUAGGUGGUGUACUCAAAAACCCCAAAAACACAUAUUUCAAUUGCUGUGUUUACGAUUGAUUGGUUACAAGUGCGCACCGGAAAUGUUAACAACUGCAAGUGGUCACCCAACAACCAAAAUUUAAGCUGCUUGUGCACCGCGCAUACCUAAUUAGGCUUCAUAUAACAACUCUUCUCCAUUUUUUAGUACCAUUAUGUGCUUAUUUAUUGCCAGUUUGCAACUGAUAGACUUUCUUAAAAUGUCGCUAUUUGUCACUGUGUCACUGUUGGAAAAUACCUUAAGGGACGGCCUAAAAAGUUCAAAGUAUUAUAUUUUAAGGGGUUACAACAUCUCAAGAAUAUUGUACUAAAUUUUCAAGUCGAUCCUAAUAAUAGUUUCCGAGAUGCAACCUUUGGAAAGUGUGCGCUGCAAGUCAAGUACUAUUGUUACUCAAAACUUUAAACGCGUUUUUCUCGGAACCGUGUUUUCAAAGUCGGUUGUCAAAUUUUCUCGAAAACUACUCUACCGAUCUUGAUGAAAUUUUGCACAGGUGUUCGAGAUACAAUUUACUCGUGCUUGAACGAAAGAUUUUAAUUUUUUUUUUUAAUUACAACUAUUUAAAAAAUACAAAAUAUCAAGCAAAUUUGACCGAAAUAUUUAUUUUUUGGGAAAAAUGUCUGCCAAAAUUUCAAUUCAUACUUUUUUGUCUUAUCUUCGUUCAAGCACGAGUUUAUGGUCUUACCUAAAACACUUAUUUUUGUUUUUUUCCAAUUUGGAUGAUCCUGUCAGGAGUUAUGCUGACAACGCGAUCGCAUCUUUUUUCCGAGGGGUCACCGGAAAUGACGUCGCAAUGGAGGAGUUUUAUUUUUAUUUUUGCUUUUGAAAAUUUCAGUAAUUAUUCUUUAAAUAUGUAUUUUUAAGUCAUAUAAUUUUUUCCAUAGAAAAAAAAAAUAUUGAAAAUAUACCAUUUUUUACGCGACAAAACCCAUGUAACCCCUUAAAGAAAAAAAUAUUUUUUUUUUAUCAAAAAUCCGUGUUAAGUAUUCAUUGGCAAGUAGUUUGUGAAGGCAUUAUAUCGAUUAUAGCGAUCUUUCAACUUUUGUAUAAUUUUUCAUACAUUUGCUUCGAAAUAAGUCAAGGUCUCGACGAUUACCACUUCAUUAUUGCUAACUUUCUUCCGGGUGAUCAAGAACUGGAGAACCGGGUGUAUGUAUGUUGGCUGUUAGAGUAAUUCGAAGUUAAUUUGUCAUAAUUUUCUCUGAUUUGAGAUCCGGAGCAUAAUGAGCAAUAAUGAUGGAAUCAAGAGGGCAGAUCGAAAACGGGGUAUUUUAAUAAACCGAUCAUACUGAAAAAUAAAAUAACGGCGAAAUAAUUCAUAAAGAACGAAAACUCUGAAAACAUUUCUAAAGAACAAAUAUAGGAUUUUAACGAUUCGGAAACCGAUUUCCGAGAAAAUGAAAAUGUAUCCCAAUCGUAAAAGAGUAACACUUGCUAUUUAAUAAAAAAUAUUUUUUAUUUUUUCAUGAAAUAGAUAGAUGAAUUAGAAAUUAAAAAAUAGACUUUUAUAUACUAAGUCUAUUGUAAAAAUCACAUAUAGACGCCUUAGAACCCUAAAUGACACUUUUUUGGGCAGUCAGAAAAACUGGUUAUUUGAAUAGGGCACAACAUUCCACCACUAUUCAGAAAACAUAAAUUCAAGACUGUCAAGAGCAGAAUCAAACCUACAAUGGCGGCACAAUUCUAGUCUUCUUCGUACAAAACACUCUUUUUAAAAUAAGGCAAAAAUAUUUUUCGCAUUCAAGCUUCCAGGUUUUAUAUUGUAUCCUAUGGUUCCGCGGGGAGCAAAGGGCCACAAUGAGAUUCCUCUAUUAAUUGUAAUCUUGCGCUAGCCUCUUGAUUCAGAUCCAACCUUUUUGGACCUUAAAUAUUUCGAAGUCCAAAUUUCUUCUCCGGGUUAGAGUGGGUCGGUCUUUGCUUCGAUUGCCUUGUGGAAUCCGGUUGAUUGUAUCUGGAUAUCGGAGCAGAACAUGCCCUAACCAACUUCUUUUUCUUUUGAGAAAUGCGGCCCAUAGUGAAGCUUCCUGUUUUUACCAUUCAUUAACAUUCUUUCGUCACAAAUGUUCUCCACAAAUUUAAGCCCAUAUCUUUUCACAUUGAAAACCAUUUCUAUUGGAAAAUUCGCUUAUCACCACACAAUCUAAUCACCAACAAACAAACCGCUCGCAAUGAGAAAAUUCAGUGAAAGCUUAGAGGCAUUUUCGGUAAUAACCAUAAACAUAAAUGUUCCGUCAAUCAGCGGCAGUGGUAAGCAAUAACACGCUUGUCACUCAGUGUCUCCACGUCAAUUGGAGAACGUUCAUAUGCAGCUCUUGAUGCCAAAAAAAAAACUACUCGAAGCAGCUGAGUAGAACACACAAACAACAUACAUUUUAAAUGAUUUCUUUUGAAUUCGCUUGCCGCUUGUCGUUUAGGUGUAUCUGUGUGUAAGCGCCUGUACACACAUCAAUUUGUAUGCAAACAAACACUUUCAUUUCAACACGCCCUCCAGUACAUACAAUGAUAACAAAGUCGACUAAAGCUAAUCGCAUUUGCCAUCAUUUCCUCAACACUUCCUUCUUCCAUUCAACAGCGCAUACAACAUACAACAUACGGUGAAAAAGACAAUUUUAAACGAAGUGUACAAGCGUACAUGUGGAACAUACAUACUGAAAAAUAUAUAUAGUUUAGAGAAAAAAAAUAUGAAUAUGUAUUGUGAGUCAUUCUGUUUAGUUUAGAUCUCAUAAGAUGGACCAUAUAGUGUGUUUGAAUGGCACUUUUGUCUUAUGUAGAUGCAUACAUACAUAUGCCUCGAGCGUGAAAAGCGAACGUGUUGUGUGUUAUGUAGACUCUCUAUUUAUUGAAAAAGUUUAAUUGCUCCAUUGCUCCAAUUGCUUUUCCUAGUGGCACAGACAUUUUUCCACCAUAUAAUACAUAAUUUUUCAGAAUUUCGGGUUCUGGAAUUGCAUGCAUCUUAGAGAGAUCAUCGUAGCAAUACCAUUUUAGUCAAUAGCGCCAAUAACGAACCAAAUUUGGCUUCCUGAGUCACUUAUGUAUAUGUAGUAAUUUAUUAGUAUAAUUAUCUGAAUAAAUGUGGUAUGUAAACACCAAAAAGUUUUGGGGUCAGAUCGCAUGAAAGAUUGGAACUGAUCAAUUGGAUUUACAUAUGUAGUCAUACUGGAUCUAGUAUGUGGGUUCUAUUACAUUAUUCACUAUUUUGUAUUUUAGAUCUAUGUAUGUAAUUAGCGUAGAAACCGUUUAUCCGGUUAUAGCCGAAUCGGAUGCUUCUCUUUCCCUCGAAAUUCGGCUCCAGUUGGAAAUCCCAUGUGAAACCAGCCCGCUCUCCACCUGUUCUUUCCAACGGAGUGGAGGCAUUCCUCUUCCUCUGCUUCCACCGGCGGGUACUGCAUCGAGCACUUUCAGAGCUGGAGUGUUUUCGUCCAUUCGGACAACAUGACCUAGCCAGCGUAGCCGCUGUCUUUUUAUUCGCUGAACUAUGUCUAUAUCGUCGUAUAACUCAAACAGCUCACCGUUAAAUCGUCUGCGGUAUUCGCCUUUGCCACUGCUUAAAGGACCAUUUUCAUCUCGUUCCAAGUACCGUCUAAUCGGAUCUUGACAUCGUCCACGCUUCUGCACCAUAAAGCAGGACCGGAAUGAUAAGCGACUUGUACAGUUUGAUUUUGCUUCGUUGAGAGAGGCCUACUCAGUCCAAGGUUGCACCUGUUGGCAAGAGUGAUUCUGCGUUGGAUUUCGAGGCUGACAUUGUUGAUGUUAUUGAUGCUAGUCCCCAGGUGUACGAAAUUAUCUACGACUUCAAAGUUAUGACUGUCAACAGUGACGUGGGAGCCAAGACGCGAGUGCGCUGACUGUUUGUUUGAUGACAGGAGAUAUUUCGUCUUGUCCUCAUACACUUCCAAACACGUUCGCUUCGCACCCUUAUCUAGUCUGGAGAAAGCAGAACUAACGGUGCGGUUGACAACCUUAGAACUUUUUUUUUAUUUUUCAAUAAAAAAUUAAAAAAAAAUUCAAGUUUUUUAGUCUUCAGUAAGGGGCGGUUAGUGUGUUGCGAUCCUGGUCAAAUUUCAUCGUUAUGAUAUGAAGGUCCCGAUACAAUUAGGAAAAACGAAAAUUAUCUGAAUUAUGUAUAUCAAAACUCUUUAAUACCAAAUUUAAAAAUUUAAUCAAACGAUUUAAAAAAAAAUGUAAGCAGGUGGCAACUCUGUUUAUAAAAAAAUGCCAAUUCAGUUUUUGUUACAAAUUAAAAAUUUAUUAAAAAACUGACUUAAAUAAAAUAAUAAAAACUGUAAAUAAAUAAUUUGUAAAAACAGGUGGCAACCCUUUCCAUGAUAUUUUUCUGAUUUAUAUUUUAGUUACACUGAUCCAAUUUGAUGCCCGUAUUGCAGUUUUUUAAUUAAUAAAUUCAUUUUAAUUACAAUUUUGGACCAGGUGGCAACCUUAUAACUGUUUUUCUAUUAAAACCGAACGAGAAUUGCACAGAAAAAUCCAAACAAAUAUUUCAAUAUGUUCAGUCUUUUCUUUGCUAGUCCUAUGCAUACUGCGAACGUAAUGGAAUUUCGAAACUAAGAAUAGAAAGUACCAGAUAUAAUCGAAUAAAAACGAACCCCUGUAGCAUGAGAAUUAGAACAAAGUUAUUUUCUUAUUAUUUUUAUAAUAAUUUGAAAAAUGCCAGAGACAGUAUUGCGAAAAAUAGUUUUUAAUAUUAAAAUCUCCGUAAAUAUUUUCUCUCCAAAUUAAUUGGCAAGGCCACUAUGUGAAAAUUGCAAAAACAAAAACACGCGAACAACACUUAGCCGGCAAAUAAAUGAAUGCCAUUCAGAAGAUGGUCAUAUUAACACAAAAGGUAAAUGUUGCAGAAGAGUAAGAGAGAGCAAAAACUUUUCCACACGACAAAAUGAAAAUUUCAGCGAGAGAGAGAGAGAGUGAAAGCUCCAACACGCAGCUUUUACGUUUGCCACUUUUCCGCAAUGAAACAUUGGAACAGUUGCUGCGCGAUUACGGAACGGAACGGUUGUAAGCGGAAAACAGCAAAGAAACAAAGCGUGUACUUGACUGAAUAUUUUGCUGUUGAACUUUUUUUCCUCCACUCUUGGACGAACGCACCACCACCCAACCGCAGAGGAGAGUGUGUGUGUGCACACGCGUGUGUUUGUUGUUGCCAACAGGGGGUGGCAGUAGAACAUAUUGAUGGCUAGCAAUUGUUUGAGCGUGUGUGUGUUGUGAAACAUUAAACAGCGAAGGAUGUACAGCAAGCAAGGCAAUAAUACAAGUGUAUACCGUAGCAGCUGUGACAGCAGCGUUGGCAAUUUUCGGUAAUUUUUUUGUGAUUACAACGCUGAAUUUAAAAGCUUGUGUUAAAUCAAAUUGAGCCCUCGUGAUUUACAUAUGCAAGUGUGCGCUUGAUAAGGCUUUUAAUGUACAUACUCCGCGUCCGCCGGUCGCCGUUAUGGGGUGAACUAUACAAUUUGCACACACUCACCCACACACCGACACAAAAUCAGCGCGUGUGAAAUCAAAUAUGUGAAACAUUGUGGAUUUUUCAGUUUUCCAGCUACUAUAUGCAGCGCGUAUAAUGUCAGCGGAUUAAUAAAUCGCAAGCGCACGACUUAUUUAGCCACACAGCGACAACGCACAAAAAGUGUUGCAUAUUUUAUGGCGUUCAUACGCUGCAUAGUGUAUAGCAUUAGACAGAGAGCGAGUUACGCUUAAAAAUAACGGAUUACGUAAACCGGCUACGCUACUAAAACGCUAAAGUGCAUUAAAGUGACACAAAAAAAUAAAAAAAUAGAAAAGGAUUUAUUUAUUUAGAUUCCCAAGCACUGGCUGGUUACCUAUUUUAUAGCCGUUUGUGAGUGCGAGUGAUUUAAGAACCACAAAUAUUUGCACAACAACCGAGCAAAAUAUUAACUGGAAUACAUAUAUGAAAUAAAAGUAAAAAAGUAACAAAAUCCGCUACUCGUAGUGACGUGACGUGAAGUGAAGCAGGCAGCGGCGGUACGUAUACGUGUGCUGUACGUGAAAGCAUCCGUGUUGUAACCUUGACAUGCGGCCUACAGCCAGUCAGUUAGCACUUUAAAGAACAGACAUACUCAUAUACAGAUUUACAUAAAUGUAUGUGUUAGUGUUAUAUACAGUUAGAGUGUGUGUAUAUUUGUGUCUUCAUGCAACCUGCGGCCUACAUUCAAAAGUGAUUCAAGCAAAGCAGACGCAUAACAGCACAUAGUGGCAGACGAGCAGUCACUUCCUUAACGAACACACACACCCUCUCUCACACGAACACAUACACUCUAGAGCGUAAAAAAGUACCAUUCAAGUGCGUGUGCAUAUUUUAUAUGUUCACAUACACAUACAAACAAACAGUCGUGUAUACUAAAUAUACAUCUCUAUCUGAGUGUGCGAAAGCUCAUCGCUUACGUGUAUGUAGGUAGUCAAGUCGUCGGCUCCAGCAGUCUGUGAUUACUUUAGUUUCAUUUGUGUUUUCGUUUUUGGUAACAACUGUCGAGUGGCAGGCAGACAAAAAGGCAACGGACCAAAGUGGACACAAGUGUAUGUCUGUGGGUGUAUGUGUAUAGUGCAUAUUUUGACGAGUUAUCGAGUUUGAAGUGCAGACUGCAGGACAAUAAAUAAAAUUAAAAAAAAAACAAAUUUUGAAAAUAUAAAAACAACAACAAAUGAAAAACUUUACUUAAAAGUUCAGCUUUGUGCAGCCAAACAUAUGCGUCCAUUACAAUACUAACGGUUCGGUUUAAUUUUACUCCGUUAAGUUCACUACUAGUUACCGCUUCUUACCGCUACCGCUUUGACGGCACUGUGAUGUACUUGUUCCCGUUACUUAAAAACAGCUACUUCAUCUCUCCACUUCAUCCCCGUAAACUCAGUACUAUACAACAGCAACAGCAACAACAACAUCAUCCUCAUCUUAACCUCCACCAAAAUCGUCUAGUAACGCUACACUACAAGCUUGUCUUUUAUCUUCAAAACAUACUUAUAGCCAAUGCUUUUGAAACAUGCACAAGCCAGCCAAUGUUGCCACAACAACUGCUACGACAGACGCUACUGAUGGCGCUGUGAAGCCGCAUGCGUCCACUUUGAAUGGUGGCGAUAAUAUCAUAACCAUUAGCACGAGCAGCAUCACCAACGAGUGUCAUACAUCAGGCUUCAAUAACGAGAACGCGUUAAAGCCCGCAUCAUCACCGAAAUCCGCCACAGACAGCAACGAAACGGCUGAACGUCAGCAUUCCUGCUCAUAUCUGAAACCGACCGCUUCAGCGCUCAACGUCUCCAAUAACGCCACCGCGAACGCAGAGCCAUCCACACAAACGCGCGCUUCCCCACAGUGUUGUGAUCUGUCGCGUUGCAUUUCGUAUCAGGAGAAUAUCGCCGAUGUGCAUCAUCGUCGCGGACGCCGUUUGCAUGGCUUACAGUUGCCGCUACAUCCAUUACAAGUAUUCGGUUGGCUUGUGCUCAUACUCUUCGGCGCCGCCACAUUUUGUGUACUGAUACCGUCGUUCGCGAGUGAUAUUCAGGGUCCACUGUACGGGCUCGUCGGCGGUUUGUUUGUGGUGCACGUUAUAUCGCAUUUGACUGCAUUACUAACCGAUCCGGCCGAUCGUGAGCUGCAACGCGUGCAUCGCAACGAUCGCAUAGUGCCGGAGUUCGAUCGCAAUCGACACGCACAUGUCAUUGAAAACGGUCGCUGUCACUUGUGUAACAUACGCACCUCGUCACAGCGCACGAAGCACUGUUCGGUUUGUAAUAAGUGCGUUGGCAAGUUCGAUCAUCACUGCAAAUGGCUGAAUCACUGUAUCGGUUCGCGUAAUUAUGCGGCAUUUCUAAUGUGUGUGGUCAGUGCAGUGGCCGCAACGGUGGUGAUUGUCGCAGCCGUGGUGGCGCAAAUUGUGCUCUACUAUGUGCACCCCGAAUGGUUGAGCUUCUGGCAGUCUGCCGCAGGAAAUGUUGCCAACGUUGACAGUGUAGAUCCCGCUGCGGUGCUCUACGUACGCAAUGCUAGUGCGCUGAAUGACACAGCGGCCACAGCUGGCAAUGCGACGUCUAACAUUGAAUUCGCCCAAAAUGUCACCGCCAAUAUUAGCGCUUAUCUGCUGGAUACCGAUUUGUUGCCGGAUAAUGGUACACUGCCGGCGCUUGCUGAGAACGCGAGUACACUGAUUGCGGACACAAUCAAUGACACCCUGCUGUUGCACUUGAAUCAAACAUUCAGUGCCGCCGAGACAACGGCGGACGCGGCAGGCGACAUUCCCAGCAAUAAUGUUACAGUUGCCACCAUAGCCGGCAUUGGUGUUAGUGAUACAAUAUUCCUGGUGCUUAUUGGUUUAUUAGGGCUUUUGGCUGCCAUCACCGCUGGAUUGCUUAUGCAUCUUUGCUUUUUCCACAUAUACAUCUCGUUUUUGGGCCUGACCACGUACGAGUACAUACGCAACCAUCGGCAAGCACAGGAGCUCAAAGCGAAAGAAGCCAAUGCCAAACAGCCAAAAGAUGAACAUCAGCAUUAUCCUUUGACUCCGUCCAAAAAGACUAACGACUGUGGCCAAAUUUAUUUUUGUUCCAGCGCGCGCCAUCCGAACGCCCUCAAUCCGGCUGAUGUGCAUUACUUUGAGACGCGUAAGCCACUGCCCAAACGCGAUGAUAGUCCGCGUUCACAUCUGCAUUGCUGCGUUAAUUCCAGAGAGUAUCAUCAGUCUGCUUCAAAGACGUACUACAUGUGUUCGCUGCUCGAAGAGAACGCUGUGCAUUCGCCGCUUGCAAUAUCGCAUAUCAGCGGUGGCGACAGCGCCCGAGCCGGUAGCUUGUAUGACGCCAACGACACAGCGGAAGCAACAGAUAGAGGUUAUAAGACCUUCCAUUGCUGUUCCUCGUUUGGCGCAUUGGCGACCCAGCGACGUGUAAGCGCUGCAACGUCCAAAGCCACAUUGGUCAGCGACUUGGAGGCGAUAAGCGCACGACGUUCGUAUAUGCAGUACACGGAGCAAUGUACGUUGUGUACGUUUCGCAUACGCAGUCCCAUAGUGAGUAAACGCGUUGGCGAUGUAAGCGCACGUUCCGGCAGUGCCAAGCAACGCAGCGCACAUGCUGCUAGAGAGCUAAGUCCAACGCCGCGUACCGUUUCCGCGAGUUCGAAGGUGGUUAGUAGCGAGCAUGAACGCUGCUGCAUGAAGUCGAUAUCGAAGAAUCAGCGUUGGCGUCGAAAAUGGAAUUGCUGUUCGAAUGUGCCCGACAGUCCCGAUGUGCCGAAUGAUAUUAUCGCCGCAUUGGCGUUGCGUCACCAACACAGUACUGCCAGCAGCACCGGCAAGAAAGUGAAUGCCACAGAAAUACCAGUGCAUUUCAUUAAGACAGUCAAUGGUAGCGGCAGCGGUGACAGCACCACCGCCAGCCUCAGUGGUAGCCGCCCAACCUCUCCACGCAGUGCCAAUCACAAAUCUAGUUCACGCGUACGUCACACACGCACCUGGCCAAUGCCACGGCUGCGACAUAUGAUGCGUAUGCUCGGUCGCUAUCGACGUACGCGUUGCCGCCAAACGGAUGCUAACAGCGCAAUUAGCGCCGUGGACGAGCAUCAAGUGAAACAAAAUCAAAUCCGCCCAUUACAUUUGCAGCCUAGCGGCAAUGGCGCUUACGGCGGCCGCCAACAUCUUAAUCACCACCAGCCGCAGCAACAUUACAACGACAGCAGCUCACCACAGCCGCCCUCAUCCACAACGACAGCAUCGGAGCGCAGCGAUCAGAGCAUCUACAGUGAUUCGAGUAAUCUCACAACACCCUCAGGUCAAACGCCGAAUGCCAUUGAAACAAUUCUGCCCACAUCAGUGAUACGUGACGACACGUCCAUGACAUAUACGACACCCAUGGGAAUCACACUACCACCGGCCUUGCCGCCACCGACGCGUCGCAAAAUACCGAAUCCAACAAAUUUGGAAGAGCUCGCAGAGACGCUGAGCUUUGUCUCACAUUCGUCGGGCGGCAGUUCAGGCACCCUGUCGCCGGUGCAAAGACUCCCCACGCUGAGCAACGUUUAUCGUCGUCAGCGACGCAAACAUUUCCUGCGUACACGUUCACCGACUUUAUCGCCCAUACACGAGACCGGUCUGUCGAAUCCAACAUCACCACAACCGGGUCGUCAUAAUGCAAGCGCAACCAGUUCAAACGCCGCUGUGACGUCGUCAGCUGAGUUGGCGCGCAAGAAUUCAUCGAAUAGUUCACUACAUAGUGUUAGUUCCAAUUCUAGCAGUACUUAAAUGAAAUUAAUUCGCAAAAGCUUUUCUUUAUUGUGCGACAUUUAGUAAUAUUGGGGAGUUUUAGGAUUGGUAAAGGUGUGUGCAUUGCAUGUUCUUACCAAACGAACUCAAAUUGCGGGCAAAAAUACCUAUAUGAGUUUAUCAGUGAUGACGCUCUGUUCAAUUUCAAAUAAUAUUUCCUAUUUUCCAUUAUUACUGUGUUUUUGAAAAGUACCGACUUUAAUAUAAAAUUUCAAAAUAUUUACUCGUAUGGCUUGUUCGUUUGGAGAAUCUAGAGGACACAAUCUGAAAUGUUUUCCUAUAUUUUUUGGCAUGCCAUUUAAUAAUAUCUGUCAUAGAAUUGAUUCUAUAGUAUUAUCAAUAAAAAAAUUCGAAGUACAGUGGAACUUCUCUAACUCGAUCACCAUAAUCCACAAAAAAACUUCGCGUUAUAGAAUUUUCAAUAAAACAUAAUAUUUUUCAAAAAGCUGUAAAAUAUAGAUUUAUACACAGUUUUAUUUAUUUACUCUUUUUAAUCCUGCCUCGAUAGUAAAAUUUUAAAUUUUGUAUUACGCCCUGGUCGAAAAGUUCGAUUUAUGGCAGGAUAUUUGUGUGAAAUUUUAAUUAUAUUACCAAUUUAAAGGUUUGAGUUAUGGAGAACUUCGAGUUAGGGAAGUUUGAGUUAUGGAAGGAAAUUUGUAUGAAAUUUGAUUUCUAAACGCCAUUGCCAAUUCAAAUGUUCGAGUUAUGGAGAUCUUCGAGUUAUAGAAGUUCGAGUUAUGGAAGUUCCACUGUAUUUUAAUCUUGCUUAGGCUAGGUUGUAUGACUGUUACCCAGAGGAAAACACACUCGGACUAUGGGAGACAGUCGUUUGUGAGGCCAGGAUCACUCCUCUUGAUUAGUUAUUAAGACUCGAUGAAGUGCCCUAAACCUACUUUAAAUCUCCAGAUUUUCACUUCUAUAUCCGCUAGUUCGUGCGGUUGUUCAAAAAGAAUGAAAUAACCAAGAAAUAUUUGUACUUCGCAAAGACAGAUUCCACCAAGUCCUCUUCUAGGCAUCUUCUACAGCUAACGUUCGCUAAGAUUUUUAAUUAAAUAGCAUGGAUCCCGAUAGGACAAUGACCAUUUAGAACCCAUCUGACUAAAGGGAGAUGAACUUUGGUACUGGGGCUGGUCUCAGCGAUAUAGUGACGGUCCAGUAACCUCGGGAUGAAGUCGAAGUGUGCGAGGAUUCUUGAGUGCCCAGACAAGCUCUCCUAUAAAAGCCCUUUGAAAACUAACCUGGAAUGUUUUAAAGGUGAAGUUUCUGCAUUCUUUGGACUUAUUCCACCAGUUUUUGGUAGUUGUCGGGUCUUUAUUGCGAAAGAUCUCAUAGAAACAUUAUCAACCCUGAUGAAUUAAAGUAUUCAUCAAGUUCCAGGGAUUCCUUAAUAUUUUCAGCUCGAUAUUCUUAGAGCAGCUUUGCGAUGAGAUCUUUGUUUGUUUCUUAAAAAAUGUUGCCUUUCCCUUUAGAUAUUAUGGAACAUGUAGUGGAAAUUUGAACAACAAAAAAGUCGAAAGAAAUUGAUGUGCAACUCCUUAACUGUAAUUUUGGAUAUUAAAACUUCUAAAUAUAGCGAUUAUACUUAAAUAUAAUAGAUAUUCGAAUACAUUUUUGCUGCGUGUUUGACCAAGCAAUUGAUCUACAAACUCAUAAAUUAUAUAUAUAAAUGUAUGUAAAUAUCCAUUCACACAAAAUUGCAUGUUAGCAAACUGUACCACUGUUUACAUACGUGAAUAUACAAUUUGCAUAUUGUUCCAUUAAGUCCAAGGUUCAUGGUCAGUUCGCCUUUUAUUUCUGCGAAUUUUCACCGUAAUAUUUUACCUGUCACAUUGUUGUAUUUCAAUUAAAACCUGUUAGGUUUGCCAUUUGCGCAUUUGCAUAUGUACAGGCGAUAUGCCGAGCCGUUAAUGCUCACGUGUAUGCAAACAAAUCGUUUAUAUACGAGUAUAUCCUUGAGUCGCAGCUUAGUACUGCAGUGUAAAUUCACACUUCGCAAAUAAGCAAUCAAAAUGGCUGAGCUGCGGUGUAUAUGUACAUUUUUAAUAUGAACAAUCUGUUCUAGUACAGAAACGAUUUUAUAUAAAUAUGUAUAUCUAUAUACUGAAUACAUAUCUGGCAUGCCUUGGUCCAAGGUUUCAAUGUUUUUUUUAUAUUUCUUAUAAACUUCUAAAGAUCUUUACGCCGUUUGGCAUUAGUGCUUAUUCCACUUUUAUAUUUUCGUGAGUUUGAUUCACAUCAGUUUCCAAAUCGACAAAAAUAAGGAUGUUUUAGUUUGGAAUCAUAAGUAUUGUCUUAUUAAACCUCAAAAAGGCCAAAGUACUCUCCGGUAAAAGACCAAAUCCUUCCAAAGAAAAUUAUUCAGCUUUAUUUGGAGGAUCUGAUUAUAGAUCUCACAAUGUGAAUUCUUAAACUCAACAAAUUCCUUCAUCCAGAUUGAAAAUCGAGACAAAAAACGAAAAUGAAUAAUAGAUAAUCAAUUUUUCAUCAAAUCACUAUACGUUUUAAGAAACAUAUAUGGUCUAAUGAUUCCUCCUGACUCUAUUCUUGAGAAUUCCUGUUUUCAUCUCGUUCCCUUUGAGACAUUUUUCACGAAGUGUCCCCUUGUUUCAUGUGAGAAGGAAAGUAAUAAGUUGGAUUUUAAGAUCAUAGGCUAACUUCUUCAGAACAUCCGUUGAAGAGAAGCUUACAAUUGAGAGAAUCAUCAGUAGAGAUAGGUUAGGGUUAUGGUAAAUGUGCUUUAGUUCUUUGAAUGAAGUUUUUAACUGAGAUUUAUUAUUUAUUAAAUUCCAUCUGGACAGAAUUGAGUUACGGGUCUGUAGAAUUUGUAAGAAGGGGUAAAGAAAUCACAUUUAAAGUAUGAAACCAUUUCAAAUGAGUCUCAGAAGCCCGAGAAUAGUUAACAAUCCCCAAAUACGAAAAAGUAGAUAUCCAUUCAAAGCCUUAUUUAUAAUUCAUAACAAAUAGAGAAUAGUAGAUUUCUACAGACUAACACAUCACCCGCCAUUUUCAUGUUUCUACGAAUGACUGCAUUUCAUUCAUUUUCCUCGCUUUAUAAUUAUAAUAACUCAAUUGUUUUGCUUCUUUUUCCAUCCUUUGUUUGUUCAUCCACUCAAUCCACUUUAAUUUUUGUCGUUUAUAUUCAUAACAAAAUUACUUGAACCACAUCUCCCGCCCCUAAUUAAAAUAAAGAUUCCAUGUUGCUACGCCACUGUUGUUUACACUCGUACAACAAAACGGCGCGGAGUCAGCAAAGAGAAUACAGUAUGAGUCCAGCUAAAUGAAAUAUGCACUUACCGGAAUGUAAUUGCACAGAGGUAAACGUGUAUUUAUGGUUGUCGAAGCAAACGACAAACAAACAUUGCAUGCAGACAAGAUGAGUCUGGAUGCCGAGGACGACGCGGUCAUUCGCGAAGUGUCGCUGCACCAGCGCUUCGCACAAACGUUUGCUGGCUGGCUGAUUUGUUAUAUUUUUUUUUGCUUAUCAUUGGCAAUAGUCAGGCAAUAAAACAAUUGCCAUUAAGCCGGAAGCAUUUUUCCUGCUCUGCACGUCAACUCUCCAUUCUAUCUCUUUCAUCCUUCUGUCACAUGGAGGUGGUGGAGGUGCCAAGUCAACUAACAAAGAAGAAUAUAAAAUUUCAAUAUACCUGCAAUUAUAGAUACGGCAACGUAACAGGCGCAAGGUGUAGAGUUUGUUGUCGGGGCUGUCUGACACUUCAGGUCAGCGGAGUGUACGAGCUUAAGCGCAUUGAGCUUUGAAGUUGAAAUCUCUUGCUUGAAAGUUGUAAAUAUGAUGGAUUAGUCUACAAGUCUCCUCUACAGAAAGGAUAGUGUGAAUGAAUAUAUCAUUACUCCUUUUGAUUUUGUUUGAAUGAGGGGAGCACUCCCGUGUUAAUCGUUUAAAAAUCGAUGACACCUUUAACAGCAAUGAAUCACAAUUUUGCUGCUACAAUUCUAUUUGUUAUUCGUAUUUUCAUAUAAUUAUUUUAAUUAUGUAUAUCUUUUCAAGAUUUAUUUUUCGAAAAUCCAGGUCGAUUAGUACAAAAAGUUUAGUUUAAAAUCCCGACCAAAUUCAAAAAUUCAGCAUAUAAUUUUAUGCGACUAGUUAUAACGCUCAUUUGUCCUGUAAUCAGAUUCAUUUAAGAAAUAUCCGUUUCUCCAAAAUCGGUGCGAGCUUCAACCAUCUAACUUUUCAUAAUUCAUAAAGCAAAACUUCUGUAUAUCCACAAUGUAUCCUAAACGUUAAGACGUCUAAAAUAGUUCUUCAACUUUAGUUUCGACAUCAUUCCAGCUCAACAGCUAGAAAACGUUGACAGUUUGGAUCAAAUGGUUCCUCGAUGAUGUGGGCGAAGUUGCACAUACGAAACUAUACGAAUUAUUUCAUUUUAUUAAAACCACAGGGUGGUUCAAAGAGGGCAUAAUAGUGUGAGGGGAUCCCAGUCACAAUGGGCCUCUCAAAGGCCUAGGUGCGUCGUCAGACAACCACUUAAAUUAACAUCCUAAUGAACAGUAACUAGUCGAGUUUCUACUAUUUAAAAAGUAUUUGUCUUACUGAGUACAGAUUCAGAAGAAUCCGCUAUCGUUUACCAAUCGUACGCGAAUUUAAGUGAGCUCUAGAUUGUCCGAAGAAAACUAGGAAUGUUUACAAAUUGUUGGUCUUACGGAUUCCAACGAUUUCGCUAUGAAAUAGUUCAAAACAUCAGACAGAUACACAAUGGUAGUAUUCAGAGCCAAUAGUACUGCCCUGACAUCGGUGGAAAUGCAGUUGCUCAAUGAUUUCAUUAAUUGUAGUCAUAGCUGCUUGAAAAAUACUAUUGUAUGUUGUCUCGUUGGAUUGGAAUUAACACAGUGUUCAUCACUAAAGUUUCCAUUCAGCUCAGAGUUCUAAGGAACCGAAGGUUAUAAGCGUUCGAAGUCUCUAUACACCUCAUGUGAAAGGCCUCUUUAGGUGUUCGAAACAUAAUGCGUCCAUGAAUAUCAGAAAGCUGCCGACCAACUUUUAUCUAGUCAACCGUACAUCCACUACAUCUCUGAGAGUAGCAACACAAAAUUUGUAUUCCAUAAAUUUAUUUUGAAUUAAUGAAACCAACAGGCAUACACCACUCGAACUGAAAGUUCAGUAAGAACAAAGAAUGCUAAAUUAUUUAGUGUUAUGAAGUCCAUAGUAUAUAAGAGAACUCCAGAGACUAAUGGAAAAUAUUGUUUAGUUUUUUGCUUUCUUUUUUUUUCCUUCUGCUUAUUAAGCAUUAAGAAUAAACGAAGAAAUCCAUAAUACGAGUUGAUUUGCUGCUGGUCUAGUAUUUUUUCAACUCACUCGCAGGUCAUUGACACACACACCUUUGCGAACAUAGAAACUCCUAUGGGCUAUAGGUAUAUACAUAUAUAUAUAUUCAUAUGUAUGAACAGUGCAUUAAAAGCAACACAACUCCAAAUGGACAAGUUCAAGCUAUGAACACUCGAACGAUUCAAUGUAGCGAAAGAACUUUUAUAUUCUUUAUUUAUUUAGAAAGCAAUUUGGCGAAUUUAACUGACAGUUAUAAGAACAUACAAAUACACAGAGAUACAUACAUACAAAUUUAGUUAACGUGUGUAUUUUAGUGCAACUGUAAUUGGAUACAACAAAGUCCUUUCAAAUUCUUAACAGCUUUAUGCAUGUACGUAAAAGAGAAUAGAAGAAUUGAAAAUUAUUGAAUAAAGCAUAACAGAAAAAAACACAAAAAAUUAUAUUAAUAACAAAGCAUAAAAAAUGCGCGAAUUAAGACAAAAAUAAUGCAAACGAAUAAAUUUACAUUGUUAAAUAAGAAAAAACAAAAUAAUAAAAAGCAAAAAAUAUGGCAAGACUGGCAAAUUUCGGUAAUAAGUGAAAAUCGUAUUGUUUUUGAACAGCGAAAGUGUUGAAGCCUUGGUGCUAGCAUUAGCUCUAGUCUGCAUGCACAUACAUACAUACAUAUGUAUAAGUCAAUUAACGCAUUUGUAUGUACAUACAUAUAUAUAUAAAUUUAAGAAAAAGAAAAAAAACGAAAUAUUAACAUAAAUCAGCUUCAAAUGCUCUAUGUGAGAGAUUCGAUAUAUAUAAAAUUAGAAGCAAAAACGCAGCGCACAGCAUUCAAAUUGAGAAUAUAGUAUAUUAGUGUAACAUUUUAAUUGGUAUUUAUUAGGUGCAUUAUAAGCGGAACGGCCAAAAAAUGAAAUAUGAGAAAUUGUGGAACGUGGGAAAGGAAGACAAGAACUAGCAGAGGGAAAUUUGAUUCUUAAAAAAAUAUAUUUUUUUCAUAUAUAUAUUCUUACAAGUUGGAGUUGAAGCUAGCUGUUCAAUCGUGGCUAGUUCUUUAACCUUUAAACCUUUGACUUAACGUAACCCCCACAGAAUGUAAUCUCACACAGACAGUCCAUAGCGUAGGGCUCUUGACGGGUCCAUCAACGAUAUUAUUCGGUCCUUGAUAGUUCCUCUCUCUAAAAUGAUGUUUUCACGCGACUUGUGGUUUAUAGAAAUUACUUAAAUUUAUUUUUAAAUGUGUCCCCAUAUUGGAACAGCCAUUUAGACUUUUCGAAAAGUAACGUAUUCGUAAUCAGCGAACCCGAAAACCCCCUAGUAACGCUUUUCAAGCAAAUCAAUUUUUCAAUAAAACGUCCGCCAUAUUGGAUCCGCCAUUUUAAAUUUUCGAAAAUUAACGUCAAAUCCGUAAUCAGCAACGCCGAAACCCCCCGAUAACGAGUUUCAAGCGAAUCCGAGGAUUUUUUGAGAACGCCGCCCGCAAUUUUAAAUUUUCCGAAAACCCCCUAGUAACGGUUUUCAAGCAAAUUCGAUGAAUUUUUCAAAAAAACGUCCGCCAUAUUGGAUCCGCCAUUUUAAAUUUUCGUAAAUUAACGUCAAAUUCGUAAUCAGCAACGCCGAAAACCCCCGCGUAGCGAGUUUCAAACGAAUUCAAUGGUUUCUUAAAACGCUGUCCGCCGUAUUAGUUUCUUGGGGAUAUGUCAAAACUCUGAUCUGAUAGGGUUAAAUGGGCCGGUUAAACCGAUUCGAAUUCAGCGACCCCAAAAACAUAUAGUAAACAUAGUAAGACCCCCAGGUCAGAACCAAAAUUUAUUUUAGUAUGGCUUAUUAAGUUAGGUUAUAUUUUGGGUUCCAAUGCGCAAUUCUUAGUGGAACCAGUUGAAGUUUUACACUAUAUUGCUCUAGCCAUCACAUAGAAUGUUACAAUAUUAAUAAUAAUAGAGCGUCUCUUCCAUAUGUUUCAUUGGGUAAACUGGUCCUAAUUGUAGGAUAUUUUUCAUUUUUCUAAUUUCCGAUCCAAAGGAUGUCCAAAAUAUAAAUAAGAUAUCUCUAAUAAUAUUUUUGAAUCAAAAAUCCUUUGUCAAAACCAAGUUAUGUCCAAUUCAUGAUAUUACUUUACAAUGAAACAUCUUUCAGUUUUUUUUCUUUCAGUUCAUCCUUAUUUUAGCUUUUUACUCCUUAGGUAAAUCUAGUGAGAGUAAUUCAACAAAAAUUUUUAUUUUAUAUCCCGAAUUGACAAAGUUAUAAAUUCGAGGUACUGAGAGACACGGAAUUAAGACCCAGAACUUUCUAACCUAGAAUUAAAAUCUCAGAGCAACCAGAGGUCCUUCCGAAUACCAAUUAAUAUGGUAAUUUAUUCGCCGACUAUUUACAAUUAUAGAACAGAUUUAUCUGACCAAAAACCAUAGAUCCUAUCUCAAAUCAUCGAAGAAAUCUGAAACCCAACAA